AUGACGGUGCUUGUCAUUGUUCACUUUCUCAUUCAAGUCACGAAAGCCACGAAAGUCAAACUUGAUCCAGAUGUCGGCAAGUCUACCGUGGAGCUCAUCGAAGCCCGCGGUUACGUGGCAGAAACGCAUAAUGUGACAACAGUAGAUGGUUACAUCCUUACCAUGCACCGCUUACCAAUGUCAUACAAAGAGUGCAAAGCAGGCAACGACCCCGUUCAAUAUAAACCAGUCGUGUUGGUUCAGCACGGAAUCCUUGAUACGAGUUUUUCGUGGGUUUGCAACUUUCGGAACCAAAGUCUCGCGUUUGUGCUUGCCGAUGCCGGGUAUGACGUGUGGCUUGGAAACAACCGCGGCAACACUUAUUCCUCCAACCACGUCAAGUACACGACCGACGAUGAUGCGUUUUGGGAUUAUUCGUGGGAAGACAUGGGCAAGUUUGACUUGCCGGCCAUGAUCAAAUAUGUUCGUAAGAUGUCAGGACGCAAGACAAUAUCGUUUGUGGGGUUCUCGGAGGGAGCAAUACAAGCAUUUGUUACGUUCUCUGAGGACCAGGAACUUGCUAAGUCGGUGUCGUACUUUGCAGCUUUGGGACCCGUUGCCUGGCUCGGCCAUACCAAUGGGACAGCAUUCAACUUCUUGGCGAAGGCCUACGCGGACACGCUACUUAAGUCCGUCAACCAAGUCAGAUUUUUUCCACAUAACGAAAUGCUGCAAGAAGUCAUCGGAGCUACUAUAUGCACGAAAAAUCCCAAGCUGUGUGAGGCGGCGGUCGCGCUCUUUGUCGGCGAUUCCGAAAACUGGAACUCGUCUCGCAUAAGUGUAUACCUCUCAGAGAUGCCUGCAGGAACUUCCGUCAAAAAUUUGAGCCACUUCGCACAGAAUAUUCGCAAAGACACCUUUUCAGCGUAUAACUACGGCUGCAGUUGUCUCCGCGCGCUCGGAAUCAGCAUGUGUCCUACGCGCUUUUGUGGGAACAAGGCUAAGUACGGUAGCUUUGACCCACCAGCUUUUCCUGUCAGCAAAAUGAAAAACCCUCGCAUUGGAUUCUUCCGCGGCGAAAGGGACAUCUUAACCACUCCAGCUGACAUGGAUCGGCUACGAGCUGCUUUGCCAUCUGCCACAGUUAUCCACGACGAAAAGAUAAGCAACUUCAGCCACCUUGACUUCAUCUGGGCUACCAAUGCCAACGAAAAGGUCUACCAAUCCCUACUUGAGCAGCUUAAUCGAUACGACGGCCACGGAUACUGA